AACGCAAAAGUAUCAAUCACUCCGGUAAAGUAUUCAACUUUACAAACAUAACAGAAGUAAACUGAGCAACACUGUGAGGCUUUACAGGAAAGCAAUGAAAGUUGAGGAAGGUGAAGAUUGAGACUUUCAGGAUCGGAGAUCUAACCGGAGGUGGGACUCUGAAUAGAACCCCCAGGCUUCGCGUCCGUACUGAAUAACUUCAUCCAAUUUCAUCGCCGUUAAUGCUGAGGGCCAUAGUCCUUUGAGCUUCCUCAAAAUAUCAGAAGCAGUUCUCCCUUACAUUACAUAGGACUGCCAGGAGAAAGAAGAGUUCAAAAGGAAGACAUGGAAGAGAAAACUUGCCAUCCUCUCCCUGCUGUCGACAAUGAUGCAAGUGGAAUCGUACAAUCCAUUAGAGAUCACCCACCGACUCAUUAUACAUUUCAAAUCAAGAAUUUCUCAUUACUGUUUGGGAUGGAGGAGGAAAAAUGUCACUCGGGCGAGUUUGAAGUUGGCGGCUACCAAUGGAGAUUGGUACUUUACCCAAAUGGGAAAAAGAAUAGCGACGGGAAUGGUCACAUCUCUUUAUACUUGGCAAUAGCACAUACCAAUGAUCUUCCACUUGGCUGGGAGGUUAACGUGAACAUAAGAUUCUUUGUGUUUGAUCAAAUCCGCGACAAGUACCUCACUAUUCAAGAUGCAAAUGGGAGAGUAAGACGCUUUCAUAACUUGAAGACUGAAUGGGGAUUCGCCCAGUUACUUUCCCAUGAUACUCUCAAUGAUCCAUCAAAUGGUUAUCUUCUUGAUGACACUUGUGUCUUUGGGGUGGAAGUUUUUGUUAUUAAAGCUACUGGUAAAGGGGAGACUUUGUCGAUGAUAAAUCAACCUCAACAUAAUUAUUUUACUUGGAGGAUUGACAACUAUUCGAACUUGAAAGGGGAAGCUUAUUUCUCUGAGCAUUUUACUGUUGAAGGGCGAAGAUGGGAGUUGAAGCUCAAGCCAGGAGGAAGUGAAACAGGAGCAGACACAUGCUUGUCUCUCUAUCUCUGCUUAGGUGAUUCAGAAAUUCUUCCUCCCAACAGAAAAUUGUACGCAAAAUACAAGCUGCGAAUAAGGGACCAAGUCCAUGGCAAUCACCUUGAAAAGACAGUUGAGAACUGGUUCUCUGAUCCCAACGAGGGCUACGGUUUCCACAAUUUUUUGUCAAAGAGAGAUCUCCAAGAUACAUCAAAGGGCUACUUGGUGGGUGAGGGUGUCUUAAUUGAGUGCAAAAUUGAUGUCAUAUCCGUAGUUAAUGAUUUCUCCUCAAAUUAAUAUUAUGUUUAAAUUGGAGAAACCGUCUUUGAAUUGUGACAAUAACAAAUUCUAUUCUGUCAUCUCAUUUUUCUUCUCUUUAAAA